GCCGAACUACAACUCCCGGCGGCCCCUGUGCUUCCGGUCGGCAAGAUGGUGGCGCGCAGAAGGAAGCCGGCGGCUCCGGGUGGCACGGGGGCGAUCCUGAGCCCGCCGGGCUACUCAGCCAUCCCAAUCAAGUUCUCGGAAAAGCAGCGGGCCUCUCAUUGCCUCUACGUGCGAGAACACAAAAUCCGGGCAGGCGCCCAGUCGGCCUGGCCAGAGAGGCGCACCCUGUUUGUUCUCAACGUUCCCCCAUAUUGCACAGAGGAGCACCUGAGCCGCCUCCUGUGGUCCUGUGGCCCUGUGCAGUCUGUGCACCUGCGGGCGAAGCCCGACCUCGCCGAGGGGCCCGAGGAGCCCAGAUCCAAGUUCUUCCACCCAAAGCCUGUGCCCGGCUUCCAGGUGGCCUACGUGGUGUUCCAGAAGCCGAAGGCGAUGCUGGCUGCCCUGACGCUCACUGGUCCUUUGCUCGUCUCCACGGAGAGUGAGCCCGUGAAGACUGGCGUCCACAAGUGGAUAGCUGACUAUACAGACUCUGUGCUCGACCCGGAGGCCCUGCGUGUGGAGGUGGACACGUUCAUGGAAGCAUACGACCGCAAGAUAGCCGAGGAGGAGGCCAAGGCCAAGGAGGAGGAGGGAGUCCCCGAUGAGGAGGGCUGGGUGAAGGUGACGCGCCGGGGCCGGAGGCCUGUGCUCCCGCGGACAGAAGCGGCCAGCCUGCGUGUGCUGGAGAGGGAGAAGCGGAAACGCGCUCGCAAGGAGCUACUCAACUUCUACGCCUGGCAGCACCGCGAGACCAAGAUGGAGCAUCUCGCACAGCUGCGCAAGAAGUUUGAGGAGGACAAGCAGAGGAUUGAGCUGAUGCGGGCCCAGCGCAAGUUCCGACCCUACUGAGUGCGCCAGCACCUGUGCCGGGGACCCCGCUGAGCACACAGGCCAGGAGCGAGGGAGCAGCACACGCCAGCUGCUGUGGCUGUCCCAGGGACUGGUCCUGCCACAGCCCGAUCACCAAGACCCCAUCCCUUCCCCACCCUGCCCUUCAGCUGUCCAGGAAGCUCCCCUCUUCCCACUGGAGAAGCCGUGCUGGCCAUGAGAGCCAGCCCUGAGAACACAGAAUGGUUUUAUUUCUCAUGCAGCCAGGUGGCAGGGGAAGGUUCUGGGACCUUGGGGCCGCAGGCCCAGGAGGCCUGUCCCUGCUGUGGUGGAGCCUGGGUCUGGGAAUAGGGGUUCCUGCCAGUGAGAUGGGGG